AAGGAAAGAUGAAGAAGCUACCUGUAUUAUUUUUAUGUCUUGCUUUUCUCUAUAUAUAUGUCAACUGUGAAGAUUCUGGUGAGUUUGAGGAUGAAGAAGAAGAUGUAUCAGAGGUUGAAUCAAAACAACAAGAACCUGACUCUCCUCCCAGAGAAAAGCCAGUGUAUUCGCCUCCAGUUUUGUCAACUCCAGUGUAUUUUGCUGAUCAUUUUGAGUCUCCAGAACUUUUUGAAAAAAAAUGGAUUUUGUCUCGAUCCAAAAAAGAUGAUGCAGAAUCUACGAUAUCUAAAUAUGAUGGCUUAUGGGCAGUUGAAGAACCAAAGACAUCAGCUCUAAAAGGGGAUCUUGCCCUUAUCUUGAAGUCAAAAGCAAAGCACCAUGCCGUGUCAAGUGCACUAAAAAGACCAUUUGAAUUCAACGAUGACCCAUUGGUUGUUCAAUAUGAAGUCAAAUUUGAAGAAGGGCAAGAAUGUGGUGGAGCAUAUAUCAAACUGCUUUCCAAAUGCAAUGACAAUGUUGAUUUGUCAAAAUUCAAUGACAAGUCUCCUUAUACUAUCAUGUUUGGGCCUGACAAGUGUGGGAACGAUCACAAGCUGCACUUCAUCUUCCGACAUAAGAAUCCACUCACUGGUGUUUAUGAGGAAAAGCAUGCCAAGAAGCCAUCAGCCAAUAUUGACACUUAUUUCUCUGACAAGAAAACUCAUCUCUAUACACUUGUUGUAAAGCCUGAUAACUCAUAUGCAAUCUACGUUGACCAGUAUGAAGUUUCCAGAGGCAGUUUGUUGGAAGACUUCACACCUCCAGUUAAUCCUAGUAAAGAGAUAGUGGACCCUGAUGAUAAAAAACCUGAUGACUGGGAUGACAGAGAAAGAAUCAGAGACCCUGAUGCUGUGAAGCCUGAAGAUUGGGACGAAACAGAGCCUGAGAUGAUAGAUGAUGUGGAUGCCACAAAGCCUGCUGGUUGGUUAGAUGAUGAACCGGAACUCAUUCCAGAUCCUGCUGCUGAAAAACCAUCAGACUGGGAUGAAGACAUGGAUGGAGAAUGGGAAGCGCCAUUGAUCAACAAUCCCAGAUGUGCUUCAGCCCCUGGGUGUGGUGCGUGGAAGGUGCCUCAGAUUAAGAACCCCAAGUAUAAAGGAAAGUGGGAAGUCCCCAUGAUCGAUAAUCCUAAUUACAAGGGUAAGUGGUCACCACGAACAAUUCCCAAUCCUGAUUAUUUUGAAGACAACCAGCCAUUCAGAAUGUCACCCAUUGGAGCUAUUGGUUUGGAACUCUGGUCAAUGUCCAAUGAUAUUGUCUUUGAUAACUUCAUAAUAACAACUAGCAAGCAAACCGCUGAUGAAUAUGCCAAGCAGACAUGGUCAAUCAAACAUUCUGAAGAAGCAAGUGACUCUGCUGGAGGUUUUAUGCAAUCAGUCGUUGAUGCCACCCACGAGAGACCCUGGCUGUGGGCAGUUAUCGUCGUCGUUGUCGUGCUGCCCAUCGUGCUCAUUGUGGCUUACUGUUGUCUAUCCUCGAAGGGAGAGGACAGAAAGGCUGGUGAGCGCAAGAAGAUGGAUGCUCGAACAGCUGAUGAUGAGGUUGAUGAUGACGAGAAUGAAGAAUACGGUGAGGAAGCAGAGGGACCGAAGGAGGGAGGUGAUAGUGAAUACGUCGGAAACUAUGAUUCUGCCGAAAAGAAAGUCACUAAAAGAACUAAAUCUGACUUGGAGUCAAAGCCAGAUCAAGACUGAACAUGUGAUCAGUGGCAGCAGUUGUUAUUACCAUCAACUCUGAUUUUUAUUGUUUAUAUAUUUAAUAAUUUUUAUGUUAAAUUUGUAAACCAUUGAGGAAACUUUUUUUAUAAUUGUUUUGUGUGACAAUUACUAUCAGAUGAAAUAAAGGCUGUUCUGGAACUUUAGAAAGUUGUACAUGAUUACUUUUAUUUGAUCAAGUUUUGUUUAACCCAUAGAGUAAGCCAAUAAAAUUUAUUUUCAUUGAUUGCUAAAUAAAAUGAUUGUUAAUCUGUUAAAUGGUACCGUUUAUUUACUAAUCAAUCUGUUUGCGGCUCUCUGCAACAACAUUUGUGUUCUUUCUGCUCGUCCUAAUUGUCCGAUCAUAUAGUUUUUGUUUGUUUUUCUGUUGUUUAUCGGUUCAAAAUAAUAUUUAAAAUUUUUUCAAUCCUGUAAUUUUUACGGUACAUUGAUAUAGUUUUGAGUUCCAUAGGCAAUUAUUUUGUCAUUUUAAUUUUAUUUAAAAUAUUUGUUGUGCUGAUGUUAAAAUAAAAAUUUCUGGUUAAGACUUUGUAA